AUGUCAACCGUGUGGCGAGAAGCCGCACUCGGUCGUUUCUUCUGUGCUCCCAUAAGUAGCUGUUCCGCACGCAUUCGCGCCACUUGUAGCAUAUGCUCCCUCGAUUUCAUCAAUACCUUGGAACACAAGACUCCUUGCUCCACGGAGGAAAUAAUGGCAUCUAUUUUGAGGUUCCAUCAUGAAAUUCGGAGUGGAAUUAUCGACUUCGUGUUUCCUCCAUCAUUGGGAGGUAAGAUCAACAUAUCGCUCAAUGCCUUUUCCUAUCCUUCACACCAACAGCAAAUUUUCAACAAAAAAGGAAUGGUGGCCAAUUUGGCUGUUCAUAACUUUCUCUCAUUACCUCAUCCUGGAGCUCGUGGCCAAUUUCAACUCCCAAAGGUGAAGCGUCACCUUUAG